AUGACGUCAUCCGCAUCACCGCUUACGUCACAUCUGUUCUCGCCUCCGUCGCUCUCGUCGCCGUCUCUGUCGUCAACGUCCGCUCGUUCCUGGCUGCUGGCAGCCGGCGCCUCGUUCUCAUUGGUCGCCGCGUUUUCCGGGACGGCAACGGUGGCGGCGAAGGAGCGGCCCGAGGUGGAUCUGGGUCGCGACGCGGAGGUGGUGCUGUACCAUCGCGUGUCGGCUUUUCACGUGCUUCUCUCCUCCUUGCCAUCGAUUUCCCCCACUGCAGCCUUUCUAGACUACUACGACAUCUCACACCGCGUGCUGGAGGUGAACCCCGUGGGCAAGAAGGCUCCCGUGGUCGUCGUGUCGACUCCUCGCGUGCUUCCCCCUUCCCUGUCACCUCAACACCUGCCUCUCUCCUCCUCGUUUCUCUUCCUUCCCACCGCAGCCUUCCUGGACUACUACGACAUCCCACACCACGUGGUGGAGGUGAAUCCGUGGGAAGUUGAUUGUCGUCUCCUCACGUGCUUCUCUUCUCCCUGUCGACUCAACAGCCGUCCUCUCCUCCUUGUCGCCUUUUUCCCCCCCACCACAGCCUUCCUGGACUACUACGACAUCCCGUACAGGGUGGUGGAGGUGAACCCCGUGGGCAAGAAGGAGCUCAAGUGGUCGCCCUACAAGAAGGUGCCCGUGCUCGUCGUCAACGGCGAAUCCCUCGUCGACUCCUCAGCCAUCAUAUCCGAGUUGCACCGCCGCCUGAACCCCUCCAAGGCCACCAACAUCCCGCCCGCCGCCCCUGCUGCCUCCGCCGCGGCGGCUUCCGCGCCUGGCGCGUAUGCCAGCGCCAUCGGCGGCGGGAGUAGCAGCAGCGCGGGGGGAACUAGCAGCAGCGGGGGCGGUGGUGUGGCGGAGGGAGUGGCGGAGGUUGUGGGGCACGUGGGCGAGCGGGGCGUGGCGGAGGGGCAGGCGGAGGAGGAACUGGACGAGGAGACCCGAUGGCGCAGGUGGGUGGAUGGGCACCUGGUGCAUCUGCUCUCGCCCAACAUCUACCGCUCGCCCUCUGAGGCGCUAGAGGCCUUCGACUACAUCGCCACCAAUGGCAACUUCACGGCGUGGGAGCGCAUGAUGGCUCGCUAUUUUGGAGCGGGCGCCAUGUACAUGAUAGGCAAGAAGCUGAAGAAGAAGCACGGCAUAGCGGAUGAGCGCACCGACCUCUACAAGGCGGCUGACGAGUGGGUGGCGGCUCUUGGCGACAGGAAGUUCCUCGGAGGAAAGACCCCGAACCUCGCUGAUUUGGCAGUGUUUGGAGUGCUGCGGCCAAUCAGGCACCUGACAGCUGGCAGGGACAUGGUGGCGAAUUCGAGCAUAGGGCCGUGGUACGAGCGCAUGGAGCAGCACGUGGGCGCCUCUGCCAGGAUCACCGCCGCUGACGGUGCUGCUGUGACUGGCGCUGCUGCGGGCAAAUAG